GCCUUCUGCCCUUCUGGGGUCGAGGUCCGAGAGCACAAGGUUACGCUCGACUUACCGCUCUUCUCGAACGCUUUCUUACUGUCUUCAUUAACUGGUUGCAGCCCUGGAGCAAUCCAUGGCUUGCCUCCGAUUCUUCAUGAUGCUUUUGCUUGGCGCAGCCGCCGAGCACUCCAUGGACGAAAGCCUUGUGGAUACGCUCCGACGGGGCUUUGAAAGCUUGGAGCUGCCGAAGCUUUUCGGUUUGGGUCCUUUGGCGGGGUACCUGCAACUGGUGAUCUCUACAGCGGCUCCUGACCUAUGCGCUUUGCUUGUGGCGGGCGCUGUUUUCUACUUCCUGGGUUCUGCCAUGCAGGUGGCACGACGUGAAAUGAAGCCUGCCGAAGAGGUGGAGGAUGAGAUGGGCGACUGGUCACAGGCUCCCGAGAUCUCGGGCUGCUCACCAUUGCACCUGGCGGCGCACAACGGACGCUUGGAACACCUGGAGGAGCUUCUCAGCUCAGGGGCUGCAGUCAACGCCACGGACAACUACAACGAGACGCCCUUGCAUAUGGCAGCACGCGGCGGCUAUGUGGACAUUUGCGACGUCUUGCUGCACUAUGGCGCUGAUCCCCGGGUCCUGAACAAGAACCAGAAGACGCCCCUGCUGCUGGCGGCCCUGUCCGGUCAUGCGGACGUGUGUGACCUCUUGAGUCCACUGAAGCUGGCCAGGCGCCCCCCCUCCCAAGGGCCUCAUCACAGCCGAGAAGGAUUCCUCCAGCGACUCCACGGCCGCCAGCACUCCACGCGACUCCGUGGAGGAGGACUGCAGCUUCGGGUGCAACGACUUGCACUGGGCGGCUUUGAGGUGCUCCCUGGCGGAUCUUCACGCAGGACUGGCCAAGGGGAUUCUCGUUGACACGCAAGACCCCUGGGGCGACACUGCUCUUCACUUGGCUGCACGGGCUGGCUCGGAGGAGAUUUGUUCCGUGCUCUGUGCCGCCAAGGCCAAUCCUUUGGUGCUCAACAAGGACAAGAAGACCGCUUUGGAGGUCGCUCGCAUUGGCGGACACCUGAUGAUCGCGGAUCUUCUGGAGGUGUCCGUCCAGGAUAGAGCAGUCAAGCGUGAGACGCUGGAAGAUGCUUCCCGCACAAGUCCAUCAACCAGCCCUGUACUUAAACGUGCCAUCCGAGAGAAGGACUUCUGUUGAUCGGGACUAUUGGGGCCACACAUGAGGCGUCGGGUGCUGCACGUGCACACGUACAGGUGGACAUGUAUAGUGCCCACCGGUUGUAUGCGCCGAGAGGCAGCUGACUCGGUCACAUGUGCGACUUGGUUCGAUACCAUUGGAACUUCUGCGGUGC